AUGGGUAUGGUAGAGCUACUCGCUCAACUGGAAGAACGAGUCCGGGAUACCGCGUGUACUGUAAUCGCAUACAAUACUGAUAUUGACGAGAGAGGUCAGGUUCGAAAUUGAAAAUUUCCUACUGUUCAGUCCCGAAGCGAUAAUACAGUCGAGCGGCCGCGUGUCUGUCUUUGCUGCGCCCUUUACUUAACCGGAAAGGGGCACGAGACGGAAAAAGUGUGUCCGGCAAACAUCAGAAGGAGGUGCGUGAAAUUUUCCUCAAAGAUUUGAAUCUUUUGGAUCGGGAUCGGAGCAAGAGAGCGAGCAGAUUAGCGGCGUGAUCUUCUUUGAUUCUAAAAGUCAGUUGAUUGGAUGUGCCGCAACCGGCAGAGUUGUUAAAUCGGCAGUUGGCGUAGUUGCGCGAAUCCUAUGUCAACAUGACGUCCAAGUUGAACGGUAUCGACGAUGCCAUUGGCAUGUCACCAAAAGUGGUGGGUCCCCGAGUGGGAUGCUUGUAUAGGAUAGUGAAGUUCAUCAACGUGUAUUGGCGGGCGUUGGUAGUAUUUUUGGCUCCCUUCGUGGCGGCGGGAGUUUUCACGAUAGAUACGACACCUGCCUACCGAUGUAUGUACGUGGUGCUGAUCAUGACGAUGUACUGGGUUACGGAGGCGAUUCCUCUUCCGGUGACAUCGAUGCUGCCGAUGGUUCUGUUCCCUAUUCUGGGGGUGCUGGACACCGAUCGAACCUGUAUGAUGUAUAUGCGUGAGACUAUGCUGAUGUUCAUUGGCGGUAUCAUCAUUGCCCUGGCCGUGGAGUAUUGUAAUCUGCACAAACGAGUGGCGCUGAAGGUUAUUUCCCUGAUUGGGUGCAGUCAGCGGAGGUUAAACUUCGGUUUGAUUACGGUGACCAUGUUCGUGUCGAUGUGGAUUUCGAACACGGCAGCGGUCGCCAUGAUGUGUCCAAUCAUGCAGGCCGUGUUGGAGGAACUGGAAUCGCAAGGACUUUGUCAAAUGUAUGAACGACCAAAAAAGACCAGCGAAGAGGAAGGCAUGCUUGGCAACGAAAAACAAUCAGAUGAACCACUCAAACCAUCGAAAACGACCAUCUGCUACUUCGUUGGAGCCGCCUACGCAUCAACCCUGGGUGGCUGCGGAACCAUCGUUGGAUCUGGAACUAAUCUCACCUUCAAGGGUAUUUACGAAGGACGGUUCCCCAAUGCACCUGGAAUCGAUUUCCCGAAGUUCAUGUUCUACAACGUUCCUGGAAUGUUGAUCUACACUUUCCUGACGUGGGCCUACCUGCAGUGGCUGUACAUGGGCAUGUUCAGACCAAACAGCCCCGAAGCCAAGGCCGCUGAGAUCGGAAAAGAGGGUGAAGCCGUUGCCCGUCGUGUCAUCGAGACCCGCUACAAGGAACUGGGACCAAUGUCUUCGCACGAGAAGAGUGUUGCCUUCUUGUUUGUGGUGGCCGUUGCGUUGUUCUUCAUGCGUGAACCCGGAUUUAUCACCGGUUGGGCUGACUUGCUGCCGGGUGUUAAAAUCAAGGAUGCCACACCGGCGAUGUUCAUUGUGAUCGUUCUCUUCAUGAUUCCUGCCAACUGGAGGUGUCUGAAAUAUUUCCGACGAAAUCCCGGUCGUCUACCCGAUGAAGCCACCCCAGGACUGAUCACCUGGAAGUACAUCAACCAGAAGGUACCAUGGAGUCUCAUUUUCCUUCUCGGAGGUGGUUUCGCUCUUGCCGAAGGCGGAAAAGUCUCUGGAAUGUCUGCCCUGUUGGGUCAAUCGUUGUCCGGCCUCAAAACAUUACCCCCUUUGUUGUUGCUGUUUGUUGUGUGCCUUACUGCUCAAACGUUGACUGAGUUCACGUCCAACGUAGCCAUCUGUAAUAUUAUGUUGCCCGUAUUGGCUGAAAUGGCAAUCGCCAUUGAAAUCCACCCUCUGUAUCUUAUGCUCCCGGCGGCGUUGUCGUGCAGUUUCGCCUUCCACAUGCCGGUAGGAACGCCACCGAAUGCCAUUGUGGCCGGUGUAGGAAACAUUGCCAUCAAGGAUAUGGCCGUUGCCGGAAUCGGACCAACGAUAUUCACCCUCGUGGUGGUUUGGGCCAGUUUCCCAACGUGGGGAGCCAUCGUGUAUCCGGAGCUUGCAACCUUCCCCGAUUGGGCUCGACCAUCGAAUGUCACAGUGAACUGAGGAGUGCGAAAAGUAAACGUACAUAUGAUUUAGGUUUUUUUUAAUAAAGUUAGGGAUCACAAUUAGAAAGAAAAAAUGAAAAAUUGGAGUGCAAUGCAUGAAACAAAAGAAACACAACUGAGUUGGAACCAAAAAGCGUGCCAAAAAGUCAAUUGUAGAAACGUACCUUAGGAAAUGUACGUGGAAAGUUGGAAUAAUUUAUUGAGAAGAACCUCUUCGAACAAAAAGGCAGAUUCAAAAUUAUCGCCUCGAGGACUAAGUUUAGAGUACUUAUCAUUAGAUGUAUGUAGCUUAGCAAAAUAUCUGUGACAUAGGAAGCUAUUAAUCUAAAUGAUAUCAAAAUGAGACAAUCAGAGUAAAUAAAAUUAAACACCACUCGAUUGGCCAUCAGAAAUGCAUUCAAAUUAUAUUGAAAUACAUCUGACUAUGGAUUGAAAGUAGUUCCCACCACGGAACCAUAGGCAUCUAUUAGCAUUUUAAGCUUACAUUCACCAAGUGGCCUUGGACAAAUUUAACGAGUCGAUCUUUACCAUGAGCUGGAUGAAAAGAUUUUUGAUAUUUUUCUACUCCAUGUUUUUGUAACCUUCGUGACUUAAACUAGAUAACAAUAGUCUAAAAAAACAGUCUUCCGUUCAAACAAAAAAGUACUCAAUUUAUUUUGUUUUACGUUUUCAUAGUUUGAUUUAACAUGUGACACAUCAUUGUGUCUGCAUUAUGCAACAGUUGAAGAAAUCAGAACAAACUUUGUGAAUAGCACGUAUUGUUGACCAAUGAUUACUUAAAACAGAACAUACAUAAUAAAUAAAAUUAGUUGUGAUUGUUGAGAAAACUUUAAGUUGUAACAAUUCUUAGUGAAUGAAAAAUUAAAAAGAAAAAA